AUGUCCCUCUUCAAGAAAUUCUUCAAAAAUAUCCAUGACAGAGACAGAGAUGAUGACACAGUCACAGUGAAGGGUAAGCCCAAACCUAAAUAUUAUGGAACAGUCACCCCGUACCCAAACUUCAAUGCCAGCAGUGAUGCCUCAGUUCUUCAGAGCGCCAUUGAAGCUAGAGGAGUGGACGAGGAUGUGAUCAUUUCAGUCCUGGUGAAGAGAAGCAACGAACAGAGACAGAAGAUCAAAGUAGUUUAUGAAGCAUCCAAAGGAGAGAGGCUGGCUGAAGAUCUGAAGGACGCUCUCAGGUCAGAUUUGGAGGAUGUCUCUCUGGCUCUGCUCAUGACACCUGCUCAGUUUGAUGCCUUCCAGCUCAGGAGAGCCACAAAGGGACUGGGCACAGAUGAAGAAAUCCUGGUGGAGAUUCUGGCAACAAGAUCAAACCAAGAGAUUUGUGAGAUCAAGAGGGUCUUUAAAGAAGAGUACGGAGAAGAGCUGGAGGAAGUUAUUGUGAGCGAGACAAGCGAUGAGUUCACCACGGCUCUUCUGGCCAUGAUGAAAGCAAACAAAAGUGAAAGCAUGGAAGUCGACAUGGCUCUGGCCCAAAAGGAUGCAGAGAUUCUGUUUGAGUCAGGUGAUAAUGCUGAUGGAAUCGACGUUGCUGCCUUCAUCAACAUCCUGACCACACGCAGCGGACCGCAGCUCUCUAAGACAUUCGAGAAAUACGCCUCCGUCAGUGACGUCACAUUACCUAAAGCCCUGGAGUUGGAGCUGAGCGGAGACAUUGAAGACUGUCUCAUUGACAUUGUGAAAUGUUCCUGGAACAAACCAGCUUUCUUUGCUGAGAAACUCCAUCUGGCAAUGAAGGGCCACGGUACAUGUGAGGAGACGCUGAUCAGGGUGCUGGUGAGCCGCUCUGAGAUUGACCUACAGAAGAUUUUGGAGCAAUACCGGGCCAUGUAUAACAGAAGUGUACAGGAGGACAUACUGGAGGACACUGAUGGACAUUAUCAGCAGGUCCUGCUUGGAAUCUGUGGACCAUACUGA